GUCCCCGCCCCGGGGGACCGCCAGAGCGACUCCGCCACCUCCAGACAGAGCUCGGUGGUGGCAGCGUGGGGAUGGCGGCGCCGGCUCAGGGAGGCUGUGGUUCGGGCGCGGACACCCGGCUGGACCAGGAGACAGCCAGGUGGCUUCGGUGGGACAAGAAUCCCUUAACUUCAGAGACCGUGAAACAACUGAUUGCCGAGGGCAAUACAGCAGAGCUGCAGAGAUGUUUCGGGGCUCGCAUGGAGUUUGGGACAGCCGGCCUCCGAGCUGCUAUGGGAGCGGGAGUGGCUCGUAUGAACGACUUGACCAUCAUCCAGACCACACAGGGAUUUUGCAGAUAUCUUGAAAAACAAUUCAGUGACCUCAAGCAACGAGGUGUCGUGAUCAGCUUUGAUGCUCGAGCUCACCCAGCGAGUGGAGGCAGCAGCAGAAGGUUCGCCCGGCUUGCUGCCACCACGUUUAUCACUCAGGGGGUUCCUGUGUACCUGUUCUCUGACAUAACCCCCACCCCUUUCGUGCCCUACACGGUGUUGCAUCUGAAACUCUGUGCUGGACUCAUGAUCACCGCCUCCCACAAUCCGAAGCAGGAUAAUGGUUAUAAGGUCUACUGGGAUAACGGAGCACAGAUCAUCUCUCCUCAUGACAAAGGGAUUUCUCACGCCAUUGAAGAGAAUCUGGAGCCGUGGCCUCAGGCUUGGGAUGACUCUGUGAUCGAUAGCAGUCCACUUCUGCACGACCCGAGUGCUUCCAUCCAAAAGGAUUACUGUGAAGACCUUAACAAGUACUGUUUUCACAGGAGUGUGAACAGGGAGACCAAGCUGAAGUUCGUGCACACCUCUGUCCACGGCGUGGGUCACCGCUUUGUGCAGUCGGCUUUCAGGGCGUUUGACUUUGCGGCUCCCGAGGCCGUUCCCGAGCAGAAAGACCCCGACCCUGAGUUCCCAACCGUGAAGUACCCGAACCCCGAGGAGGGGGAAGGUGUCUUGACAUUAUCUUUCGCUUUGGCUGACAAAAUCAAGGCCAAAAUCAUUUUAGCCAAUGACCCAGAUGCUGAUAGACUUGCUGUGGCAGAAAAGCAAGACAGUGGUGAAUGGAGAGUGUUCUCAGGCAAUGAGCUGGGGGCCCUCUUGGGCUGGUGGCUCUUCACUUCUUGGAAAGAAAAGAACCAAGAUCCCAGUGCCCUCAAAGACACAUACAUGUUGUCCAGCACCGUGUCCUCCAAAAUCUUGCGGGCCAUCGCCUUAAAGGAGGGUUUUCACUUUGAGGAAACACUAACUGGCUUUAAGUGGAUGGGAAACCGAGCCAAACAGCUAAUAGACCAGGGGAAAAACGUCUUAUUUGCAUUUGAAGAAGCUAUCGGAUACAUGUGCUGCCCUUUUGUUUUGGACAAAGAUGGAGUCAGUGCAGCUGUCAUAACCGCCGAGUUGGCCAGCUUUCUCGCAACCAAAAAUUUGUCUUUGUCUCAGCAGCUGAAGGCCAUCUAUGUUGAGUACGGUUACCAUAUUACCAAAGCUUCGUAUUUCAUCUGCCAUGAUCCAAACACCAUUAAAAAAUUAUUUGAAAACCUUAGAAACUACGAUGGGAAGAAUAAUUACCCAAAAACCUGUGGCAAAUUUGAAAUUUCUGGCAUCAGGGACCUCACCACUGGCUACGAUGACAGCCAGCCCGACAACAAAGCUGUUCUUCCUACUAGUAAAAGCAGCCAAAUGAUCACCUUUACCUUUGUUAACGGUUGCGUGGCCACCAUGCGGACCAGUGGGACAGAGCCCAAAAUCAAGUACUAUACGGAAUUGUGCGCCCCGCCGGGAAAUAGUGAUCCUGAGCAGCUGAAGAAAGAGCUAAAUGAACUAGUCGCUGCUCUUGAAGAAUAUUUUUUCCAGCCACAAAAAUACAACCUCCAAGCAAAGGCGGAGUAAAAUAUUCCAGCGUUGGGCGCAAUUCCACUUACCAACAAUGAAGUGGAACUUGAUUUGUUCAGCAUUAUUCAUGAGGGCCAGAUAAUUUAAACUGUCACUACAAGCACUUAAGCUUUUUUAAAGAUCUACAUUCCUCAUUGUUUUAUGUGUGAUCUUUAACGUAAAAGCAGAAGAGAUGGGCAAGCCUAACAAACCAACAUUCCUACUAAAAAGGUCGACCCUUGGCAUUAUCAGAAUUUUUAAAAAUGAAGAUAUAAAAAUAUAUUAUGACUAUGCUUUAAUUAGAAUAAAUGACAAAUGUACGUUUUCUCUA